UGGACUCAGUUGCUCCAAGUCUUAAUUCUGACAGGACUGAUCCAACCCUUAUUAUUCUCAUAAAAAGUGUGAUCUUGUGCUACCUUGAUCCUCUACCACCACCAUCUCUGGCCUUCAAUAUGGGUAGAACUAAGAAGAACCCAAAGAAGAGAGCAGUUUCCACAUCAAUGUCUGAAGAUGCCAGUCCACCUAAGAUCAAAGCCAGUAAUCAAGAUGAUGCUAAGAGCUCUAGACGUUCUAAGAAGGAAAUACACUAUCAGGAUAACGAUUCUGACAACUUCCUUUCUGACAACAACAUUAAAGCUAAGAAACCUGGUCCUCCUCAACAGGCAACCCGCAAGAAGCCAGGCCGUCCAUCAAAGAAGGGCCAGGCAAUCAGAACUGAUCCACUUCCUGAUCAAGAUACUGUCAUGUCUUCCCAAUUUCUUCAGCCUCUCACACCUCCCCAGAAGGCCAACAAGAAGGAUCCAAAUGCUAACGAGUACACUCCACGUACUGCGCAGGCUGUCCGGUUCAGCAUGCAAAUACCUAUCUGGCAGAUUGAAGUGUCUCAUAUACCAAAGAAACAGCCACAUCACGGAACCACAGAGUCACCAGAUAUGAGGCCACUGAAUAGGCUCACCCGGUUAGAGAAGGAUGGAUGGACAUGUCUUGGAACAACACCUACAGCAAAUGUGUACAGGCUGUUCCAGGAUUUUGAGAAUGACUACUCACCUCAGGAGUACAAGAUCUCCAGUGGUCUCAUCUCUAUGCAGUUCUUUGGUCAUCCUUGUGAUCGGCCUAAGGACAUACGUGCUCGCUCCUUUCUUCUUGAAUAAU